CAAAGUCCACGAUGAUCACUUACGACGAUUAUCAGGUCUUAACACCGAGACACAACGAGUGUUUAGGUCAAGAGUGCACUGGAAGUUUGAGCUCUGACAUAGGCUGUGCAGCUGAAGCGCCCAGGGCGGCUCAAUGAUAACGAGGAAUGCCAAAGAUCAUUAAUCAAUAACAGUCUUCACUUUACAAUGGACUGACCCAUCCAUGUGUCCCGCCACGACCUUACCCCGACUUCACUCCGCUAUCCUUGUUAACAUGCACACAACCACCCACUGGGCCUUGACGGUACUCGACAUCUCGCCAAUGAUCGAUACUCAUCUUGUGCGUAACAUACACAAUUCUUCUUCUGAGGUUGGAGAGAAGGUCGCCCUUUCGAGAUGUAUCGAGAAGCAUUGGCGGCUUGUAGGUUGGGGAAGUAUACAGCGUGGAGCGGUAUUGGAGUUGGACUGAUUCGCUACCCACAUUCUAGCACUUUGUGUGAGCGGAGCCAAUCUACCUCUGUAUCAUGUUUACAGCACGCAAAUGCAUUGUUUCAAUUGCACUGUGCAUCUGUAUUGGAAAGAGUCGUGAUGGUCACUUUCCCUUAUUAGCGAUCUCUUAUGACUUCUUUGAUGCCGUUUAUAUACUUAUCGACCUUUCAA